AUGCUUCACAUCAGUCCCCUGGAAUACUACACCCUGAAAUCUGUGAUGCUCCACGCAAACUUCAUCCUAUGCGAGCUCGAGCUCUUGCGUCUGACCUUGAGCUCGAUACGAGACAUCAUCGAGAACCUGUACAUGCUGUUCAUAAGCGUGACCGAUCUCCAUCCUAACACUGCGGCAUCUCUCGCAAGAUCGAUACGCCGCCUUAUCAUUUGCGUCCUGCAUUACACGCUGCCGUUUAGAUCGACGCGAGCAGCGAAGUAUUUCAACCUCCACGUUGCUUCACGGUCGCUCCUGUCGCGAGCCAGAGAGAUUUACGAUGUCAAGAUACCGCAAGACAGAGAUAUACUCCCGAAGAUGUCUGACAUCACGGAUCGCAAGCUCCUAGGCUCGGGAGGAUUCGGCGACGUCUACCGAGCGAAACUCGCGCCCUUCGACAUGCUGAUUUGCGUAAAGAUCAUACCGGGUGACAAAUUCAGGAGAUCCGAGUCCGCAUGCAACGACAAGUUGGUAGCUUCGGUGAUAAAUUCACCGUUUCUAUGCUUCUACAUCGCAUCAUUCAAAACCCCGAACGCCUACGUCACGCUUUUGGAAUACAUAGCAGGAGUCGAUCUCCGCCGCGUACUCCAGCGUUCUCAGUUCAUCACCGGACAGCCUCUGGAAUUCAUCGUGGCUCAAAUGUUUCUAGCCGUUGAACAUAUGCAUAUGAGAGGUUUCAUCCAUCGCGACAUCAAGACCGAAAACACUCUCUGUAUGAGCAGCGGUCGAAUCAAGGUGAUCGACUACGACACGGCGAAGACUUGCUUGAGCCACUUCGUCACGAAUCGCCGCUUGGGGUAUUUCUUCGCCAGGACUGCCGAUGAAUUGAAGAGUACCGACAGAGCCGGGACACUUCCGUACAUGGCCCCCGAAAUCUUGGGAAAGAGGAGCUACGGACGGGCGGUUGAUCUAUGGGCGAUCGGGAUUUGCGUCUUCAAAUUGUUGACCGGAGUUCUGCCGUUCCGGCAGACGAAGAAGCAAUCGGUGGAGCAAACAGUCCUCCAACGGGAUCUGAGAUGGCCGAACCUGAAUAUCGAUUCGCGAGCCAAGAAGUUCGCCACGGCCUUACUCGAGAAAGAUCCCGAAAAGCGAUUGGGGUGUCAGACGGACUAUAGAGCAGUGAAGGAGCAUCAAUUCUUUGAGAAAGUCGAUUUCAAUGCGCUGCAUUCGAUGCAAUCUGUCUGCACGAUUCCUGGUCUGGAAGACGUUUUGGAGUCCGAGUCGCCAGUCGCCUCCUGCGGGGCAGUGAAGCGAAUCAAAUGUCCGAUCGAUGAAGUUCAGAACCCUGACGAUUCGAAUUUCCUGCCGUUAAUGACUCUCUGCUCACCGCAUUUUCGCAAGAUGCAAAUGGAGCUCAUGUCGAGAUCGAAACUGUGCAGUGAACAGUCCUUCGGUUUCCUUGACGAUCAGGCCAUUCUGCAAAAAGAUAUCUGUGACCUACUCUCGGGGAAAGUGAAGCUGCAGAAAUUCGUGCUGAAUUUUCCAUCAAAGAUUUACGCUCGAGAGCUGAAAUUCCGCUGGGUGCGAGGAGUGUCGGGUUAUUUUCCCCAGAUCAUCUCUCUCAGCAGUCGGAUCGCGCAGAUGGGGCUCAUUGAAUGGGAUAUCAUCGUCGCGAUCAAUGACCAAGAGGUACCCGACUUGAAUACGAAAACGAUCUGGAAGACACUCGUAUCAUUCCCCAAUACUUGCACAUUCAGCGUGUUCCAGUCGAGUAUCUGGCGGUAUGUCGCGGGACCGAUGAAGACGGUUCCGUUAUUCAUUGAAUCAGUCGUCGAAGAUCUGCAGAUAAAAAUGAGCAGGUGCUGUUUAUGGUGGCGGAUGCCUUUGCGGUUCGAAGUGCUCUCGACAGUGAACUGCUCUUAUUGGGUCGUCAAGGAGUAA